CAGAAAUAUGCGGGCUCCAUGUGCAAUCUAUGCCAUUGUGCAGUCAGAACUCGCUUAGAUCGACGGUAGUACCUCGAACUUCCGCCGACGGUGCCCCCGCUUCGCCCCUUUCCUAGAAUGCCCCUCUGCCUCCCCCUAUCUCUCUCUACUUCCCUUCUCCGUAGACUCUAGCCAGUAUAUAAUCGUCGUAGAAUCUCCUGCCCCAUUCACCCUGUCGCCGUCCUGCCAUUACCUUGCAGUGCUCCUUCUCCAGCAUGACGAGUAUGAAGCUCUCCCUCCUUCUAGCUCUGCUUGCUACCCUCUCCCUCGUUCCCCAGGCAUCAGCAGCCAUCCCUGCACACUUGCAUCCCAAGCGUCAUCUCUUCGAGAAUCCGCACAAGGAGACUGUAGUCAAGCGGCAGCAGAACCCAAACAGGACUUAUCCGACGGCGUACGCAGUACCUUCACCGAGCUUGCUGCCUCAAGCUUGGACGGACGCUCUCAAUGAAGCUAUCAGCAAUGGCAAGAUCCCCAAUAUCCCCUCCUCUACGGUGACCUCCAGCGGCGGCAUCGUCUACCCCAGUGGCUAUUCUGACAAGCAGAUUGGAUCCUGGACCAACAGCAAGAUUGUCGGCCCGAAUGACAUUGCAGACGCACCUGAGGGUGUGUGGGGUGUCGACUUUGACGAUGGGCCCGUUGGACAGAGUGUGAACCUAUACAAGUAUUUGCAAUCGCAGAACCAGUCAGCCACUCACUUUCUCAUUGGCACCAACAUCGCAACGCAUCAAGACGCAUUUGAUCAGCUCGCUCAGAUGGAUCAGCAGAUGGCAGUGCACACUUGGUCGCACAGCCUCCAGACGGCUCUGACCAAUGAGCAGGUGCUCGGCGAGCUCGCCUGGACUAUGCAAAUCAUCUACGACCGUUCAGGAAAGAUCCCCAACCUGUGGAGGCCACCUCAGGGAGACGUCGACAAUCGGGUGCGCGCCAUCGCUGAGGAAGUCCUUGGGCUACAGUGUGUCCUCUGGGUCGCAGACUCAAACGACUGGUGCCUCGGCGCCGACUAUAAGACUGAGUGCCCACCAGACAACACAAUCGGGGCUUCGUACGAGUCUGUCGCGUCAUACAUCAAGACUCACGUCACUGGAAGUAAGAGCCCAGGCAUCAUCCUCCUAGAGCACGAGAUUGAGGCCCCUUCUCUUUCUCUCUUCCAAGGGUACUACCCCACUCUUCGCGAAAAUGGCUGGACCCCUGAGCCCAUUGGCAACUUUGAUCAGGCCAAGGCUUGGUAUGCCAAUGGCCUCAAUGCCUCUACGCCGACAACGGGGCAGACGGGGAUGCUUCUGGCCAACCAAGUGAGCGCCACCUCCAGUUCUAGCUCAAGUAGCACCAGCAGCUCAACCGGCACCUCAAUGACGACAGGUACUCAGAGCAGCAACGGAGCUCAGCCGACAUCAUCAACGAUGUCCGCUACUGAAGCAUCGCAAAGUGAAGGCACCACCAGCAGCACCAACGGCGCCAUGUCAGCCCUCGGCCUGGACCAGUCUCUCUGCGCUGUGGCCUCGCUGGCUAUAUCAGCAGUGCUUGCCGCUCUCGUUUUGUAAACCCCCAUGGACAAACUUCUCCUUCUUCUCGGUCCUCAAUAUUCCCUUACUCUUCAUGUACCUCACCAUUUGUAUAAUCAUUUCUUCUUACACCCACCGCCUUCUGCUUAGUGGACUACCCGCUCUAGCAUGCUCUGCACUAGACGCUUCUCCUUGCGGGCCCUUCUUACGUAGACGGCCCAGGA